GGCUUUGGGCUACCAAACCCUAACCCCCAAUCACAGUUUCUCAAAAUAAAUCAUUUCGACCGCGGCACAGCGACCACUGCGUUCGCGGAUCUUUGACUCCAGAGUGGUACGGCGGUGCGGUGGUGGACUCCGGUGACCGGCAGUGGCAGAGGGAUCCUAGCUCUCAAUAUGGAAUUUACUGUAACAAAUCCUAGCUAUCUUGUUAAACAUUUGGAUGUUUUUAGACCAUUGGUGUCUAAAGUUCUUCUGUAUUUAGCCCCAACAAUGUUAAGAGUACAGACUUUGGCAGGGGAAGCUCCUAAUGGCAGCCAUGUGAUUAUUGAAUUUCCAAACAAACCAAACAACCCAGAAGAAGUGGAGAGACAACUCUUUCAUUAUGAAAUUAACUCCUCCUUUGGUGGUUUUAUUGUUUCAUUGGACAGAUUUCAACAUGCUCUCUCCCUCGGAGGAGAAAUAACAUUCAUCUUCCAAGGGAAUCUUCUACUAGCUAGAAAUUUUUUUAAUGAAACUGUCGACGAUCUGUUAAUGGGAGUACAAAGGCCCUAUGAUCCUCGUAUAGGUACGCUUUUGGUAAGCUUUACUGCAAAUGUGCUGCCGGACACACUUGAUGUUUUUGAAGAAACGAAUGCACUGAAGAUAACCAUUCAGCAGGAAACCAUUGGUUUUAAAACCAAUGAAAUUGAAAUUCAGGGCAUUCAACUAUGUGACCAUGUGCAAUUCACAGUUACAAGAGACAGGUUGCUAGUGAUUGGUGUUGGUGAAUUUGACCAAUUGUUUUUGUAUGAAUUUCCCUUGAUAAACACCUUACCCAUUUGAAUGAUGUAUCCCUAUUUGUAUGCUUAAUUACGGUAUUUGUAGGAUUGAGGUAAUUGGGAUUUACUUAUGCUUAUGUUAAGGCUAUCAUUGUUUCAAAUUAUGUGUUGUUUGAAUUUGCUGCAAAA